AUGGCAUCCACUGUAGUGGGCAAAUCCGGUCGGGCGUACGUUCAAGGCGACAUGCUCCAGCGUCAUCGCGAGGAUCAUACGCUCAGCAUCUUCAAAGCCGAGUCCGGUGAGGAGUCGUUUAUCCUCAAGCGCGUACCUAGGCCGUUCUACGAUCUGUCACUGCGCCUCGCAGCCGAGUUUACAGGGUCUCGUCGGCUUCGAAUGCACAUUGAUUGCAACCCAGAAGAAGGCAUUCUAGUCUAUCCCUAUUUUAGAGGCACCCUGCUUGACCUCGUACAGGAAGACCCGGACUUCCCUCCAGCAGAACGAAGAAAGAUACUGCGACGCGUAGGAGAGGCAAUACAAGAACUUCAUGCCAAGGACUGGAUGCACACUGAUGUGAAGCCUGAUAACAUACUGGCUAAUUGGACUUGCGACAAAGAGGGUACCAAAACAGUGACCGAUGUGGCCCUAGGCGAUUUUGAUAUCGCUUCCAAGUCGGACACUGAAGAGCCCCGUCGAACCCCUUUUGCAAUGGGAAACGUUAUGUGGCGAAGCCCAGAAGGACAGACUGGAAGGGGUGUGACCAAGGCGUCGGAUUUGUUCUCGUUUGGACUAGUAUGCAUAUAUGCUCUUGGAGGUGGGGAAUUAUUGCUCUUGAACGAUUAUCAGGAGCUAGUAAAGAGUGGUAUAAAGCCCGAACAAGAGAUUUUGAUUCGCCACUUUUCCUACUUUGGGCCAGUUUCCGAAGGACUCCUCAAGCAAGUCAAUAGUGAGGAUUAG